CUUCCUCCCUUGCUUUUUCUCGAGGGAUCAGACCGUCACAGCGAGAUAGCGAGCGAGCGAGAGGUGACGGCGAGAGACGAUGAGGGGGUGGCGAGAGGAGGUGGUGGCGCUGUCGCUGCGCGGGUACGGCUACGGCAAUGAGGAGGACGACCGGCCGGAGAAGCCGCGCCGGUACGGGGUGACGGAGAUGCGGAGCCCCUUCUACUCCUUGCGCCCCGCCAACCAGGCGCUCCAGGAAAUAUUGGAUUCUCUUGGUCCUUUUGUUGAUGGUCUGAAGUUCUCUGGUGGAUGCCAUAGUUUGAUGGGGAAAGAAUUGGUUAGAGAGAUCACUGAUUUAGCACACAAGCAUGACAUAUACGUGAGCACAGGUGAUUGGGCAGAGCAUCUACUGCGUCAAGGCCCCUCUUCUUUCAAGCAAUAUGUAGAGGAAUGCAAGGCCUUAGGAUUUGACACAAUUGAGCUGAAUGCUGGAUCUCUCAAGCUCCCCGAAGAAGCUCUCCUGAGAUUGGUCCGCCUCAUAAAGAGUAGCGGUCUGAGGGCAAAGCCCCUGUUCUCAGUGAAUUUUGACAGUUCUGAUAUUCCUGCAUCCGGUGAUAGGGCGUUUGGGGCGUAUAUAGCUCCAGUCAAGGAGCAGAGCUCAGAAAGAGUUGAAGAUGUUGACCUGCUGAUUAGGAGGGCGGAGAGAUGCUUGGAAGCAGGUGCAGAUAUGAUCAUGAUCGACGCCGAUGACAUUUGCCAGCGUGCCGACUCCCUGAGAGCAGACAUCGUUGCAAAGAUUGUGGGCCGGCUUGGGCUCGAGAAGACCAUGUUCGAAGCUUCCAACGCCAGCACCUCCGAGUGGUUCGUCAAACGAUACGGCCCAAGGGUGAAUCUCUUCGUAGAUCACUCCGACGUGAUGAAUCUGGAGCGCCUGCGGGGGUUCAACAUGCGCAGAAGCAACCCGGCCUCCCGUUUAACCUCACCGUUCUUCCUGAUGUAAGGAACUUUUCCUGAACCCGGAGUUAGAGACGGUUUCCAGUGCCCAUGGAGAUCUAGCUCUGCUUCUUCAGUCGCCAGCUUGUUAUGGCCUCAAUAUAACUACCAGCGAGGUUUAUCAAAAAAAAAAAAAAAAAAACUACCGGCGAGCAAUGCGACAGUAUCUGUUGCGUUAUCAACAACUGCUGUAAUAAUAGGUUCUGUCAUUCUGUGUAGACUGUAGAGUGCUGUAUGGAUGUUUGUGUCUAUACCGUCGUUGCACCAGAUUUGUGUUCGGCUUUGCCAUGCUAGUCUGUGCGUGUCAGUGUGUGCAGUUGCACGCGUGCGAGACACCGGAUUUUUUGAGGAUCUGAACGGUUCUCUGGGAGCGGAGAUUCUGCGUCU